AUGAAGACAGCCAAAGCCACCGGCAGCAGGAGACCCGCAAAGGACACCGGAGGAGCCGGCGCCGACGGCCCGCGGAAGUUAGGACUCUGCGUCCUCUGUGGUCUCCCCGCAGCUGGAAAAUCUUCCUUUGCUCGCGUCCUCAGCAAUCGGCUGCGGCAAGAGAUAGGCUGGGCCGUCGGCGUCGUCGCGUACGAUGACGUCAUGCCAGACGCGUUCCUGGAGGGGUCGAGCGCGCAGCCAUUGCCAUCCCAGUGGAAAUUGCUUCGACAGGAACUGUUGAAGUACCUGGAAUGCUUCUUGAUUGCUGUCCUUAAGGACUGUAAGAUGUCUGCCCCACCCAACAGGACUGAAGCCAUGUGGCAAGAUUUUAUAACCUGCUUAAAGGAUCAAGAUUUGGUAUUUUCUUCAGUGCUUGAGAAUCCCGCUUCCUACCUCUUAACGAAAACUGCUGUUUCCAGACCUUUGUUCUUGGUUUUAGAUGACAAUUUUUAUUAUCAAAGUAUGAGAUACGAAGUCUACCAACUGGCUCGGAAAUAUUCCUUGGGCUUUUGCCAGCUCUUUUUAGAUUGUCCUCUUGAGGCCUGUUUACAGAGGAACAGCCAGAGAACACGAGCACUACCUGCGGAGACCAUCCACCUGAUGGAAAGGAAGCUAGAAAAGCCCAGCCCUGAAAAGAAUGCGUGGGAACACAACAGCCUCACAAUUCCAAGUCAAACAUAUUCUUCGGAGGUCAGCCUGGAGGUGACUGAGUUACUGCUCAUGGCUUUGGAAAAUCCAGUAAAAUAUGUUGAGGACAAUACAGAACAAAAGGAAGCAGAUAGAAUUAUUUGCUCAACUAGUGUUCUUCAUAAAGCUGAUCAGACACUUCGAAGAAUUGUAUCUCAGACAAUGAAGGAGGCAAAAGAUGAACAAGUACUACCUUGCGAUUUGAAGAUUCUAGCAGAAGAACUUAACAAACUCAAAGCAGAGUUUUUGGAAGACCUACGACAAGGAAACAAAAGAUAUCUGUGCUUUCAGCAAAGUAUUGAUUUAUCAGAUGUCAUUUCUUUUUUUCAUUAUGAGAAAGAUAGUAUUACUCAGAAGUAUUUUUCCAAGCAGCAAUAAAAUUUCUGAAUUUCCAAUCAAAUGUCUGACUUUAGCACUUCUGCAAGCUAGUUUAAAAAAUUGUAUUACUGGAUGUUUUCUGAUCAAUAAUGUGAAUUGCAGAAGACCAUUUGUUAAAAAAUUUUAUUUAUUAUUAUCUUUUAAUUUGCUAUAAGGCAUGUGUGUUCACC